GCUGCCGCACUUCCCGUCUGGGAGAGAGUGUAAUAUGGCGAAGACCUACGAUUACCUGUUCAAGCUGCUGCUCAUCGGGGACUCGGGGGUGGGGAAGACCUGUGUCCUGUUCCGCUUCUCCGAGGACGCCUUCAACUCCACGUUCAUCUCCACCAUAGGAAUCGACUUUAAAAUUAGGACCAUAGAGCUGGAUGGCAAGAGGAUCAAACUCCAGAUUUGGGACACAGCCGGGCAGGAGCGGUUUCGGACGAUCACGACGGCCUACUACAGGGGCGCCAUGGGCAUCAUGCUGGUCUACGACAUCACCAACGAGAAGUCCUUUGACAACAUCCGGAACUGGAUCCGGAACAUCGAGGAGCACGCCUCGGCCGACGUGGAGAAGAUGAUCCUGGGGAACAAGUGCGACGUGAACGACAAGAGACAAGUGUCCAAGGAGCGGGGCGAGAAGCUGGCCCUCGACUACGGGAUCAAGUUCAUGGAGACCAGCGCCAAGGCCAACAUCAACGUGGAGAGCGCAUUUUUCACUCUCGCCAGAGACAUCAAAGCAAAAAUGGACAAAAAAUUGGAAGGCAGCAGCCUGCAGGGGAGCAACCAGGGGGUGAAGAUCACGCCAGACCAGCAGAAGCGGAGCAGCUUCUUCCGCUGCGCCCUCCUGUGAGCGCCGCCCCUCACCGAGCCUGGCUCGCCGAGCUGACCGCCUGUCCCGGGCUGUGCCCAGCGGGACCCUCGAGCGCCGCGCGCAGCCUGCGGCCGCUGGACUCCAUUGAGAAACCGUUUAUUUUAGUAACCGCCUGAUCUUUUUCAACUUGGAGAUGGAGAGUGAAGAACCCACUAUCUUUCCUGUGACGUCCGCCAUGCGGGCCCACGGAAUGGCGUCACGUGGCAGAGCGCCAGCGCCAAGGAUGACAGCAGCAGCGGCCCCUGGCGGCCUGUGUCCCUCGGCCUCCCGCGGCACAGGGGGGCCCACGGGAGGCCUGUCCCUGUUGGCCACCAGUCCCUGGGCCCAGAGGUGGCGCCCGGCAAGCCUGAUGUCCGCCGCCACCGACCCUCAGUUUUGGACAGAUGACGGAACCGCCCCCUCCGUAACUGUUAACCAAAGGGCACAGACGAAGAUGCCCGUGCACCACAGCUCCAGGGGCCGGGCCGGGCCCUCCGCUGCCCCUUGUGGGCACCAAGGGGACGCCCACCCGCCACGCGUGGGCUACCCAGGCUUGGGCCCUGUCCCCUGCACCUCCGAAUGGGACCUUCUUUCUAGCUGAGAUUUUAUUUUUCCAGUCAUAGUGCCAGCAAGCAACACCACACCCGCCGUCCACCCCCUGGCAGAGCCGGGCGACGGCGUACACGGCCCUGCCUGGCAGGCGUCCGUGCCGCCCUCACUGUCCUCCCCGCAAGGCUGCAGUUCAGCCCGGGAGCCGGGCCGGGCCUCGCCCGGUGCCCACUCUGCCCCUUUGCCCCGCUCAGCCGCUGCCAGCCCGAGUCCUCCUGUCACAGCCCCUACACCCGAUUACCGGUGGAAACCGACCCAGCCGUAGUCCGCCCUGUGUCUGCCCCAGACCCGCACCUACGGAGAGAAAGAUUAAAGCUCAUUCAGAGUUCACA